UUUUUAUUGAUCCUACGUAAAACGAAUUAUGAGAUGAAAUACUACUUCUUUCAUAUUAAUUGCACGAUGUGCGUACGCUUAUGAGAUGUAACGAUAAUAAAGACGAACCAAUUAUUUCGUCAGCCAUAGUUUAUAUAUUUUUAACGAAUAAAACACUUAAAUAUUUUUUUUAUAUACCGAAUGUAAAUGUACUCAAUCGUAACCUUUAAAUGUUAACAGUGUUGAUACUGUCACAAACUUUCUCAUAGCAACGAUUAACAACACUGCAUCUGAACGAUUGUCAAAUCAAAAUGGCUGCUAUGUAACUUUUGAAAAUUGCUCAUCCAUUUCUGAUAUAUUAAUUUAACAGAGAAGACAGAAACUAUGGAAAUAUAUACAUUUGAUAAAAGUCUUCAAGAAAGACUAGUAGAAUUCAGUGAAAUACUAUCUAGCCAAAACAAAAUAGUAUCGGCAUCACAAAUUAAAUCAGAAUGGUUAAAUUAUGUUGAACUUGUAAUAGAACCAGUUGGAUGGCAAGCAUUGUGGAAAAUUCCUCGUAUGACUUGUCAAGAUUUAAAAAUUCAUUAUCCUACUAUUGUCGUCGUCGAGGCAGAGCAAGUUGAUUUCAAUGAUCUCUUUGCAUUAGUCAAAAUCACAGCUGUACAAGAUGACAUUCAUUUGCCUGAAAAAUAUGAUGUACCUUUGAUAGAAUUAUAUCCAACUCAAAAACAAGAGAAUAGGACUUUAGACAUGGUUGGCACUGCCAGUUGUAUAGAUCAAGUGAGAUUUUUUUAUAAUUAUUUAUGGAUGCCAUGGGACCUUGAUGAUGAUGAAAAUUCAGAUUGGGUGACUUUGCAUCUAGAAUCCAGAAUUAGAUUAUUCUUUGAUAUGAAACGGGGAUGCGUCAAUAAAGAGACUUGCGACGUAAUCAGAACAUUGAUAAGGGAAGGAAGAGAAAUCCAGCAAAAAAUUUCAAGAUUAGAAGAAUCAAUGUCCGAUGAAGAGGAAGUUGAAAAUUGUUUAAUGGAUGAUGGUAAAGCUUGUCAGUUGAUGAAACUUCAUUUUCGAUUGCAACAAAUUAAAACAGAAAUGGAGGUACUUGAAAAUCCUGCAAUUAGAGAUAUUCUCUCACGAAAUCAUAACUCUAUUAUGGUACAAGAACAAAUAAGAAAGCAUGGGAAUAGUGAUAAGCAAAAGGAAGCUCAUUUUGUAUGGCUCGGUGGUACUUUAACAGAAAUAAAGAAUGCUGUAAAUAAAAUUGAAACUAUCAUAUCACCAAGUCUAUUACUACAAAUGUAUAGAUGCCUGCAAGAAGCUUUGCUUGUUGCUGACGUUGGUGAAAUUGUUUUUCUUGGAGAGGGACUACAUCAAAUUAAAGGCUCCGGUGCUCUAGAGGAAGGUGGCACUAUCAAAGGAAUUGGCAGGGCGGAACAUAUAAUACUUUCUGCAAAUGACAUAGAAAGCCCACCAUCUUUACUAGACUUUUCUGGACAAGAAGUUCUAUUAGAAGACAUAUCCAUAAACCUUGGUGAACUUCAGGCUGGUAUCAUUGUUAGAAAAGGAUCUGUAAAAAUGAUUGGUUGCACGAUAUUUGCCUUGAAUCAAAGCAUAGUUAAAUUAGGCAUAGUAAUCUUACCAGGUGCAAAAUUAAUAAUGGAAAAGAUAAUUUUUGAUGGAUUAGGAACUGCUAUUGUUAUUUAUGGAACAGGUGAAGUUGUUAUGAACGAAUGCAGCUUCAAAAAUUGUAUAGAGGGUGUCCAGUUACACGAUGGUGCUUCUUUAAUAGCAAAGAAAUGUACUCUUGGAUAUUUCAAAGAAUAUGCUAUUCGUAUGGAAACACAGAAAUAUUUAAAUGACACCGAGAGUAAAAGUGGUAGCAUUGAAUUAUUAAAAAAUGUAAACGAAAUUUCAUUGCAGGAAUGCACUUUCCAAGAUAAUAUUAAAGCAGAUAUAAUUUUCAAAUCAAGAGGUUCAACAUCUUUUACUUCAAAACAAGAUUGUAAUACCACAAUAACUUCUUAAAGUUGAAAAUUCUUGUAAUGCUAUUUGAAAUAUAAUUACAUACUUCCCAAGUAGUUUAUACAUGUCAUAUCAUAGUGCAUACAUUUAUAUAAUAUAUCAUAUUUUUGUAAUUGGAUAUUUUGUUGUAUUGUAAUGGGCAUAUGCGAAUUGAACAAACAGAUAUAUUUUCAUAUCGUACGUACAAAUGUACAUAUUAUUAUGUUUAUUUUGUAAAAAGAAGAAUUUAUAACAAGAAGAUUAUUAAAAAUCUAAAAAAUUCAAAUAAUUUAUGCCAAUGGUUUUUUAAAUUUGUUAUCAGAUUGAAAUCUUACUUUUCAAAGAUGUUUCAAGAGGUCUGCGACGAUGCUUUACAGAAUGUGAUAUUAUUUAAUUAUCAUCUCAUCCUACUCCGAGUGUAUUAUGGAUUAUUUAAAUAAUUAUAAAAUGUUUGUAUCUAUAAGUUUAUUAAAUGUAGCGGUACGAAAAAAGUUUAUUUCGAUGUUUACCCUUCGGAGUACGAAAGGAAACUGACGUAGUAAAUCACAUGGUCCUUCAAAUUUCUUCUUCUUCUUGACAUUAAACGAUCGACGCACACUGAAAGAAAAUUAUUCCAAGUCCAACUUUUAUAUAAUUUAACCAUUGAUAAGGUAGUAUUUAGUUUACAACAUAGCCACUAAGAGUCGCUAUAAUCAAAGAGAAAAAUAAUAGAUCUUUUGAUAUUUUUAAUUUUAUCAUCAUUGUGAAUGACCAUAAAUGUAAAUAACAAAAAUCGGUAGUUAACACAGUUACUAAGCAUGAAUCAUUCUCUUAUGAAACGAACGCUUGAAGAUACCUAUUGAU